CCAGUCGAUAACUUUUCUUGUAUAAAAAAAAAAAAAUUCACUCGAAUAUGACGGAUCUAAUUAAACGGCUUUUUCCUGCUUCCUAGGCGUCUCACCAAUCUUUGGUCCCAAAAAAGGUACCUCACCAGCCGUCUUUGGAUUACAAAACUCUGAAAAAGCUGGCCGAUCUAUUUAUGACGGGGACUUUUCCUCCGGCGGCGGGCAAAGAGGCAAGUCGUCGUGAUAAUAAUAAAAAAUAAUUGAAGGGGACUUUUAAAUCGGCGAUGAGGAGGAAGGAGCAAUGAGCAAUUGCAUUGAGGGUCCAACAUGGCGAUGGACUUGACAAGAAUCACCUUACGACCAUUCAAGCUAAGCGACGUUGAUGAUUUUAUGCUAUGGGCAGGAGAUGAUGAAGUGACUCAGAAUACUCGAAUGAGUCUAAUCAGAAGCAGAGAAGAGGCUUUGACUUUUAUAAGAGAUGUUUGCAUACCUCACCCAUGGCGUCGAUCCAUAUGCAUUGACGAUCGCUGCAUCGGCAUGGUUUCUGUUAGUCCUAACUCAGGAGCUGAGAGAUGUCGAGCAGAACUUGGAUACGCUCUUGCUGCUCCCUUCUGGGGCCAAGGCAUCGCCACUAAAGCAGUUAACAUGGCUGUUUCCCAAGCCUUCAGCCACUUCCCAGAUUUGCUCAGAUUAGAGGCUUUAGUUGAUUCUCACAACAAGGCUUCACAGAGGGUGUUGGAGAAGGCCGGCUUCAUUAGGGAGGCUCUCCUUAGAAAUUAUGCAAUCGUGAAGGGCAUCGUCAGAGAUGUUGUUAUCCACAGCUUUCUGUCAUCCAAUGCCAGUACUCCUCCCAACCCCUCUGUACUUGUCAUUUAUUUGGUUUGGUUUGGCGAAACUUUGCACUUGGCAUCUGGCCCCUCACCAAGUCAUUAUCACGGAAAGCUAUGCCAACCUACCAGCAUACAUCAACAUUGAUUUGAACAUGCUCAUCUAUUAGUGGAUUGUACCAUCUUUUCUUGAUACCUCAUCCUGCUUAUUUCUUUAGUAGGAGUUUAGCAAACGAGUCACCACAUCCCACACCCAUAAAAGACAUCUUUACAGAAUACCAUUAUCGCAAUAGAUGCAUUCAAUUUGAGAAGGGGGGUAAUUAGUUUACAUACAUUAACAGUUAUUGGUUCAUC